GUGAAGAGCUCUAAUGGGGUCUCAUCAUGGUUUUGAGCCAAUCUCUUGGUGCAGCUCCAAGGGGAGAUCAAACCAAACUGUGGCUGCAGACCUCGAUGGUACCCUUUUGGUUUCUCGAAGUGCUUUUCCUUAUUUCAUACUUGUUGCUCUUGAAGCUGGAAGCCUUCUGAGGGCACUUGUUCUUUUGGCAUCUGUUCCCAUCGCUUACACCAUAUACCUAUUCAUGUCUGAGUCAUUGGCCAAACAGAUCUUUAUCUUCAUCACCUUUGCAGGUUUAAAGAUAAGGGAUAUUGAGUUGGUGUCGAGGUCUGUGCUGCCCAGGUUCUAUGCCGACGAUGUUCACCCGGAGGGUUGGCGUGUAUUCAGUUCCUUUGGGAAAAGAUACAUAGUGACAGCGAAUCCAAGGGUCAUGGUGGAGCCUUUUGUUAAGAACUAUUUAGGGGUGGACAAGGUGCUUGGUACUGAACUCCAAGUUUUUAAAUCUGGUAGAGCAACUGGGUUUGUUAAGAAACCUGGUGUUCUCAUUGGAGAUCUUAAGAGAGCUGCUGUGGAGCGAGAAUUUGGGGAAGCUCGGCCUGAUGUGGGCUUGGGAGAUAGAGAGACUGAUCACGAUUUCUUGUCCAUUUGCAAGGAAGGGUACAAGGUACCGAGGACCAAGUGCGAGCCUGUGUCAAGAAACAAGCUUCUAAGCCCAGUCAUCUUUCACGAGGGAAGAUUAGUUCAGAGACCCACCCCUCUGGUGGCCCUCUUGACCUUUCUUUGGAUACCAAUUGGCUUCUUACUCUCCCUCAUAAGAGUCUACUUAAACAUUCCUUUGCCAGAACCUAUCGUGUGGUACACCUACAAGAUGCUUGGAAUCAAGCUGGUCGUGAAGGGUAACCCUCCACCUCAACCCAAGAAAGGCCAACCUGGUGUCCUCUUCGUCUGCAAUCACAGAACCGUUCUGGAUCCGGUCAUCACUGCAGUUGCCCUUGGAAGAAAGAUAAGCUGUGUUACUUACAGUAUAAGCAAGUUCUCAGAGAUGAUCUCACCCAUCAAAACAGUUGCAUUAUCAAGGGAACGAGAGAAAGAUGCUGCUAACAUCAAACGAUUACUAGAAGAAGGGGACUUAGUGAUCUGCCCUGAAGGCACAACCUGCAGAGAACCCUUCCUUUUGAGGUUCAGUGCAAUGUUUGCAGAGCUCACCGAUAGGAUCGUUCCUGUGGCCAUUAAUACAAAGCAGAACUUAUUUUAUGGAACAUCGACCCGUGGGUUUAAACUGUUGGACCCGUAUAUUGUGUUCAUGAACCCAAGACCCACUUUUGAGAUCACAUUCUUAAACCAGUUGCCCACCGAGCUCACUUGUAAAGGAGGCAAGUCACCCAUUGAGGUUGCUAACUAUAUCCAGAGGGUGCUUUCAGGGAGAUUAGGGUUUGAGUGCACUAACCUCACAAGGAAGGAUAAGUACGAGAUGCUUGCAGGUACAGAUGGAAUAGUUGGAUCCAAGAAAGAAAAAGCCUAGUGUGAGCGAGUGAAACUGCAAGAUGAGAAUUUGAUUCUUCUCUAUCUCUCUCGUGUCUCUCUAUACGAUUUGUAUGGUUGAGAUAUAACAGAGUAAUAUUAAUACUAAGGGUGGAAUAUUAUUGGAUGCAAAUGUAAAUUGGUAUUUGAUUUAUUAUCUAUACUUUGAUAUAUAAAAUUAUAAA